AAGAGUUUGUUUUGAAGGCGACGGGGACGCUGAGCAGAGGGCUGGCGGCGGUGGUGGUGAUCCUGGUGUGCACGUUCGUGAUGUCGUUCGCGUGGUCGUGGGGGCCGAUGGGGUGGCUGAUCCCGAGCGAGAUCUUCCCGAUGGAGACAAGGGCGGUGGGGUUCGCGUUCGCGGUGAGCACGAACAUGAUAUUUACGUUCGUGAUCGCGCAGGCGUUCCUGUCGAUGUUGUGCCACAUGAGGGCGCACAUAUUCUACUUCUUCUCGGCGUGGAUUCUGGCGAUGGGCGUCUUCGUCCUCUUCCUCUUGCCGGAGACGAAAGGAGUUCCGAUCGACCAGGUCGAGGAGAGGCUAUGGAAGAGGCACCCAGUUUGGAGCAAGUUCUACAAAGAAGAAGGCAGUGAGUAUGGCAUGGCCUAGCUGCUACCUCUUCUUCUUCAUCACAAUUUCAAAAUGCAUCAUUUUCUUUUCUAUUUUCAUUUCCAUUUCCAUUUGUUGGAUCUUGCUAGAUUGUGAUUCCACCAUCGUAUCUCACUUCUCAAAAUGCAUUGCACUUUGUUUUUUUUCACACAGUUUGGCGAUAAAGACAUGCGAUUACAUAUCAAAUUAUGUAGUGACAAUAAGAGAAUGUGACUAAUUGAUGAAGCUCUAGCGACGAUAAAUAAAUGCGACUAUAUAUCAAGUUAUUU